AUGAGAGAGGCGUUCCAGUUUGAAGUACUGCAAACACAGCAUUGCGACAUUAAGCGGAAGCUGAAGGAAAUGCAGGAUGAAAUUCUUAUUAAAAACGGAGAAAUUAAAAUUUUGCGUGACUCGAUGCAGCAGAUGGAGCAUGCUAUGGAGGAACAGAAAAGAUCCUACAUGCUGUUGGAACAGCAAAAGUCUCAGACCCUCAGUGAAAAAGAAAAAGAAUUUUCCAAAAAGUUGCUGUCAUUACAGUCGGAGUUGCAGUUCAAAGACGCAGAAAUGAAUGAAUUAAGAACACGACUUCAAAGCUGCGAAAGAAAUAAACACGUUGCUCAGGUGGUUUUAACGCCAAGCCCUAAAAAGAAUUUUGCAGUACAAGUGAAAUCAGAGGGAUGUUCUCCACAGCCUGGAAAUUUUUUUCCUACAAAGGAAUUCUUCAAUGCUGAAAUGUCUACCAGACCAUCAUGUUCUUCAGGAAGUCUGAAUGCCCCGACCACUUCAGGCAGGGAAGACAGUAAGAUAACCCAUCCUGAAGUUGUAUCUGUGAAGCAUGAAGCAAUGGGAAAAAACGGUUCCUACAAUUCUGUACAUAAACGGAGCGCACAAGGUUCUGUCCUACUAAAUGCACUGAUGAGGCAGCCCAUUGUCCCUGGGUCGUUACUAGGACUCUGCCACCUCCUCAGCAGUAACUCUGAGCCUCUACCUGGAGCUGCACUGCAGCCUCACUGUUUGGAUACGAAGUCCACACAGCUACCCAGCAGCAGGACAACUCAAGAAGAAAUCGCUCCUCUUGUAUCCCUGCAAGAAGCUCAAAAACUUGCGAUAACAGGCUUGAACUUGAUUGCAAUGGAUGAAGGAUUGUCUGAAGGAAGCCCGAUGGAAGGCCGGAGAGAGUUCUUGCACCUCACCCGCUGCAAGAUCCGAGGUGCCGUACACCUCUUGCCCCUGGUAGAACACCACAUAGGCACAUACUGUCAAGCCAUACAACUGGCAGACAAGCCAGUAAGUGGUUCUUGUGGAAACCAUUCAGCCGUUUCUUCCAGAACCAACCCAAACGUGACGUCAAGUAAGGAGGACUUCAGGUUGUCUCUUGAAGAAACUACAGUUGUAUCUCUGGGUAUUCUUUAUUAUUUGGUGUUUUAUAGCUGGGAUGUUGUCCACACACUGCUGUCUGCUGAAGUGGAAAAAGGUUCUGCUGUUGGAGAUGAACAGGUUUCCAAGACAGACAAAAAUAUGUUGUCGGAUAAUCAGCGUGGUAAUAAAGAAGAUACCAGGAUGCAAGGAGGGCUGCCUGUAGCUCCACAGGAUGCUCCCAGUAAUGGUCAAGCUCAACAUUCUUUGUUUAAAAAGCUGCUUCAGGUUUUAGCUUUUUCAGCUGAAAGAGGCUCCCAGACUGACCGUAUACUGAUCCAAAGCCUAAAGGUUUUGGCGAAAUUAGCUGAAAAUUCAACAGUGGACUUGCUAAUGAAUUUUCAGCACUUACUGAGUAGCCAGGUAUUGCUCCGUUGCCUGUGUCUGGAGACCCCUUUGCCUGCUGUCCUUCUGGCCCUCAGACUGUUGUCUGUUCUUUCGCAACACCACAUGUUGGUUGCUCAACUCUGUUCUCGUUCAGACACCUGCCUUCUCCUUGCACUGUACAUGUAUAUCACAUCAAGACCAGAUAAAUCGGCACCUGAAAUGCUUUGGCUUCAGCUGGAACAAGAGACAGUCAGGCUCCUGACACGGUGUGUGUGGUGCUCCAGGCCGGUGGUUUUACUACCUGGUACAGACUGCCAGUGUAAUCUCGAGGUGGUUAAGGCACUGAUUAUAAUGUUACACAGGCAGUGGGUGAAGAUCAGAAGAUCUGAGAACAGUCUGUGUGCACAUAAGGAACAAAUCGUUCAGUUUUUACGGGACGCCAUUUUACUCUUGCACAGCCUAUCUCAGAAAGAUAAACUGUUUCAUGAACACUGUUUGGAAGUUCUCCAUCAGUACGACCAAGCCAUGCCAGGCAUAAGAGCCAUUCUCAGAAAGACUCAGAAAUUGAGUGCCUGUGAAG